ACGAAAGGAGAGAUACAUGGUAAUAUGGUAUAAAUUGUUAAGUCUGAUUGGCCAUACAACCUGCUACUAACUGUCUUCAUUAUCUUAUAAGGGCUUUUGUAUGCAGAUUUCUUUGUUCUCUAAGACCCCAUCGCCAUCCUCAGCUUCCUGAGCUCCAUCAUAUAUCAAUAUUGCUGAUUUCCAAUCGUGGGUAUCGCAGCCAACCCAACAGGCCAUCAUGCCUUUCCUCGAGGCUUCUCCAACUGGUCUCGAGUAAUCAGGACGGCAGUACACCAGGAAUUAUACUCCCAUCAGCCGAUGCGCAAGCUUCUCUAAUUCGGAAGGUCUAUCAGGAAGCAGAGCGGGACUUCGCGGACACAGGACACUUCGAGGCACACGGAACAGGUACCGCGGCCGGAGAUCCGAUCGAAACCAGUGCCUUGGGAGCAGCAGUUGGCAACGCUCGCCCAGCAAGCAAACCGUUGUAGGUUGGCUCUGUUAAAGCAAGCAUUGGUCAUUUAAAAGGUGCUAGUGGCCUUGCAGGUCUUAUCAAAGCGCUGUACAUGCUAGAGAAAGGUGUUAUUCCCCCUCAGGUGUGGCUGGACGAACUGAACCCUCGGAUCAAAGUCGACGAAUGGAAUUUGUCCAUUCUUCGAGAGUUGCCUCGUGGCCAUAUGAGGGCCUUCGUCGUGCAAGUGUCAAUUCAUUUAGUUUCGGGGGUGCAAAUUCCCACGUUGUCAUCAGUGUUACCUAUCAUUAUAUGAGAGAACGGGCCUUAACAGGAUACCACAAUACAACUUUCACCGAAUCACACCUGGACUCUAUUUUCGGGUUCCGACGGCCCUCUCAGCGACUUGGGUAGUCAGGUUUACCUGCUUAGAAAGUCUAGAGGAUGACCAGCCGCAUUCAGAUGGAACGCGCCUCAGGCUUAUUGUUUGGUCGGCUCAUGAGCAAGCAGGGAUCCGACGAAUAUCCGAGGCCUAUAAGAAAUACCUAACAGCGAAGUGAUAGUGACAUAAGAACUCUGCUUGAUCGAUUAUCCUACACCCUUGCUGAGAGACGCUGUG